AGAAGAUACGCGGCAAAAUGAAUGAAGUACAGAAAUAUUUAGAAUAUACGAUUCCACGGGAAGACAGUGUUUAUUGUGUGGAAUUUUGUUCAUCAGAAAAUUGUUCACAGCUUCUAGGUGUUGGAACUGAAGCUAAAGUUUCUAUUUAUCAACUAAAAUUUAAGGACGAUGAUGAUGAUGUGGAUGACUUUGAAUUUGAGCAACUAUAUGACUUCCAGAAUGGUUGCCGAGUAACUGCCAUUGCAUGGAGUCCAGAGUCUUCACUUGUCAGCCUCCCUAAACUGUUAAGAUUGGCAGUCGCUGGCAGUGACAGAAGAAUAAGGGUGUUUUCAACAGAUCUGAAGGGAGAUGAUUCGGUACAGGUGCUGGAGGGUCACACAGACUUCGUGAAUUCACUGACCUUUGACCCAGAUUCCGGUACCCAGCUUGCGAGUGUCGGGGAUGACCAGUGGUGCCGGAUCUGGGAUCGUGAUGGAAACCAACAGCUCGCCUUUCCUCUCGGCGCACCUGGCAUGUCCGUCUGCUGGCAUCGGGAGGAACCCAUGAAGGUUAUGGUUGCCCUGAAGACAGGAGUAAUCAAGAUCUUCAGCUUGACCCAAGAGGAACAACUCAUGUCCUUUGAGGCUGGGCCUGGGCCCCUCAUGGAGGCAGACUGGAGUGCAGGGAACAAGGGGCUGCUGAUAGGGGCGGCGUGUGGCCAGGAGUUUGUCAUGUUUGACGUGUCCGUGUCAAGUCGCCCUGUUGAGAGGAGGCAGAUCCACGUGGAGGGAACGCGACAUUUCCGAUGGGCAAAGUGCAGCGAUUCCCUCGUUGCUACGGUAGGACGGCCGGGUAGACAGAUCAAAGUUUUCAACUCAAAACAUCAACAAACUCCCAUAACAAUAUCUCAGCCAAUCACCUACACCGUCAGCUGGCAUCAGAGACUGCCGGUACUGGCUGCAGGUGGCGACCAAAAAGUUCAUGUUUAUUGUUUUGAUGCAUUGUAAUUUAUAAAACUGUUUGUAUGUGAUUUGUAGAAAUAAAUGUAUGUGAUCA